CAGAUCUUCUCUGGCUUUGAACAGCCAUGCUGCUCUGUUGCCAAAAAUCAAGUAAAGUGAAUGUGCACUUCUAUUCUCCUGUUGAAUUUGAUGAAGGUGGUAGCUUUGUGUAGUGCCUGAAGUUUCUAAAUGAUUGUACCAGUGAAAGUUACAAACUUCAGAGACCUCAAGAAAUCAUCAUGAAGCUAUAUGUAUUUCUGGUCAACACUGGAACUACCCUUACCUUUGACACAGAACUUGCUGUACAAAAUGUGGCUGAUCUGAAACAUGCAAUUCAAACAAAAUACAAGAUUGCUAUUCAGCACCAAGUACUGGUUGUCAAUGGAGGAGAGUGCAUGGCACCAGACAGAAGAGUAUGUAGUUACAGUGCUGGAACAGACACCAAUCCAAUUUUUUUAUUCAACAAAGAAAUGAUCUUGUGUGAACGCCCACCAGCUAUCCCCAAAACCACGUUUUCAGCAGAGAAUGAGAUGGAAUUGAAAGUAGAAGAAUCUCUCAUGAUGCCUGCAGUGUUUCAUACAGUAGCAUCACGGACACAGCUUGCUGUGGAAAUGUAUGAGGUUGCCAAGAAGCUUUGCUCCUUUUGUGAAGGUCUUGUACAUGAUGAACAUCUUCAGCAUCAAGGCUGGGCUGCCAUAAUGGCCAACUUGGAAGACUGUACAUACUCUUACCAAAAACUACUUUUCAAGUUUGAAAAUGUAUAUUCAAGCUAUUUGCAGUCCAUAGAUGAUAUCAAGUUGAAACUUACACACUUGGCUUCUGCUGUUUCUAUCAUGGCCAAGAUACCGCUUCUGGAGUGCCUAACGAGACAUAGUUACAGAGAGUGUUUAGGAAGACUGGAUUCUUCAGCUGAGCAUGGAGGGGCAGAAGGUGAAGAAACUGAGGAUGGGAAAUCUGCUGAAUUGGUGCUUUAUUCUGAUAUAUCUAAAGAGAACAAUAAAUCAAUGUUAGCCUCAUUUUGCAAAUCAGUUGAACAUUCAACUUUGGAAGGCACAGGUCCUGAAAAUGUAAAAGAUGAUAAGGAGUCUGGUCAGAAUGCUACUGUCCAAGACAGUGAAACAUCAGUGGAAUUGAAAGAUGAUGAUCAGCCUUCCUUCAAUGUGUCUUUGUUAGACUGGAUAAAUGUUCAAGAUAGACCUAAUGAUGUUGAAUCGCUGGUGAGAAAGUGUUUUGAUUCUAUGAGCAGGCUUGAUCCAAGGAUCAUCCAACCCUUUCUGGCAGAAUGUCGCCAAACUAUCGCCAAACUAGAUAAUCAGAACAUGAAGGCUAUUAAAGGCCUUGAGGAUAGGCUCUAUGCAUUGGACCAGAUGAUAGCAAGCUGCAGCAGACUGGUGAAUGAACAAAAGGAACUUGCUCAGGGAUUUUUGGCUAAUCAGAAGAGAGCUGAGAACUUGAAAGAUCCUUCUGUACUGCCUGAUUUGUGUUUGAGUCAUGCAAAUCAGCUGAUGAUUAUGUUAACUAAUCACAGAAAACUGUUAGAUAUUAAACAGAAAUGUACCACUGCCAAACAGGAGCUUGCAAAUAAUCUACAAGUCAGACUGAAGUGGUGUUGUUUUGUAAUGCUUCAUGCUGACCAAGAUGGAGAGAAACUACAAGCAUUGCUUCGUCUUGUAACAGAGCUCCUAGAAAGGGUCAAAGUUGUAGAGGCGCUCAGUACUGUUCCUCAAAUGUACUGUCUAGCUGUUGUUGAAGUUGUGAGGAGGAAAAUGUUCAUAAAACACUACAGGGAGUGGGCAGGUGCUUUAAUAAAAGAUGGAAAACAUUUAUAUGAAGCUGAAAAGGCAAAAAGGGAAUCUUUUGGUAAACUGUUCAGGAAGUCUUUUCUAAGGAAUCGUUUGUUUAGAGGACUUGACUCCUGGCCCCCAUCCUUUUGUACACGAAAACCUCGCAGGUUUGACAGUGAGCUUCCAGAUAUCUCACUAAGUGACUUGCAGUUUCUACAGUCUUUUUGUCCUUCAGAAGUACAGCCGUUACUCAGGGUUCCCAUACUUUGUGACUUUGAACCUCUUCACCAGCAUGUACGUGCUCUACAUAACCUGGUAAAGGCAGCACAGAGUUUGGAUGAAAUGUCACAAACCAUUACAGACCUGCUGAAUGAACAAAAGGCCUCCAAUAGUCAAGCAUCACCACAAUCUGCUACCACACCAAGGAUGGAAAGUACAACAGGAACCGCAAUUGCUACCUCUUCAAGAACUCCUCCGUCACUCAGUCUUCAGGGUCCCCUGUGUCCUCCUGUGUGUCCCCCAGCUCCAUUAGAAGAAUUGUCUCCAGACAGCAUUGAUGCUCAUACAUUUGAUUUUGAAACUAUUGCCCAUCCGAACUUGGAGCAAGCUCUUAAGCAAGGGUCGUUAGACUUGGAUUCAUUAGCAGAAAGUCCAGAAUCCGACUUCAUGUCAGCAGUAAAUGAAUUUGUAAUAGAAGAAAAUCCAGUAUCUCCUAAUGUAAUAAGUGAUCCACAAAGUCCAGAAAUGAUGGUGGAAUCUCUUUAUUCUUCAGUUAUCAAUGCAAUAGACAGUAGACGUAUGCAAGACACAAAGUCUUGUGUAAAGGAUGUUUCAGUAGACAAUGCUUCUCACAAUGUUUGCGUGGAGAAGUGUAGGGUUAUUGCCCAAGACUCAAAGGUACAUUUAAGAGGUAUAAAAGAAGAUCUUUGCCACUUUAGAACACUUGUACAAAGAGAACAGUGUGACUUUUCGAAUUCUUUAAAAUGCACUUCGUUAGAAAUAGUAAAUACUGUUGAGAAGGUAAAACUUUCACUUGAAAAAACACUAAAAGAUAAACAUCAAAAAGAAUUACAGUCUUUGAAAAGUGAAUAUGAAACUAAAAUUAAUAAAUUGGUGGAGGAUGGUGAAGAAAAUAAAAAGAAGAUUACAAAGUUAAAAGGUGACUUACUAGGCCUUGAGGAAGUUCUUCAGAAUAAGAAUGAUGAAUUUGCAAUGGUGAAAAAUGAGAAAGAAGCUGUAGUUUGCCUUCAGAAUGAGAAAGAUCAAAAAUUACUUCAAUUGGAAUGCCAAAUGGAGACACAAAAUUCUGAAAUUAAGGAACUGAGAGAGUCACGGGAGAUAGUACUUGAAGACUUGAAAAAACUUCAUGUUGAAAACAAUGAAAAACUACAACUCCUGAGGGCGGAACUCGAAAGUUUAGAGCAAAGCCAUUUAAAAGAACUGGAGAACAACCUACAAGCCAGGCAUCUACAGGAGUUUGAGAAGGUGCUAGCUGAGCACAAGGACUGCUUAGAUAAAGUAAAAAAAGAGAACCAGCAUAGACUUGAACAAAUGCAGGAAUCUCAUGCAUUAGUUAUGCAGGAGAAGCAACAACAGGUAGAAGAGUUACAACUCAAGGUUUCAGAUCUUUCUGAUUUGAGGUGCAAAUUAGAAGUUGAACUUGCCCUGAAAGAGGCAGAAACUGAUGAAAUGAAGCUGCUUUUGGAAGAAAGCAGAAACCAGCAACAAGAGACCUUAAGAUCUCAGAUUGAUAAAGAAACUGAAAGCUUAAAAAGAGAGAUAGAUAAAUUAAACAAUAAAAUACAAAUUAACACUGAUGAAUAUCAAGUGGUCUUAUCAGAACUAAGGACUCUGAUGACAAUUGAGAAAGAUCAGUGCAUUUCUGAGCUAGUAGACAGAUACGAAGAAGAAUCAAAUUUGCUUAGAACUGAACUAAAUAAAGUAACACUUCUUCAUCAAAAAACUUCUGAGGCAGAAAAAAGACUUUCAGAGCAAAUAACGGAACUGCAAAGUAAGUUAGAGUUGGAAGCCAAUGCCCUAGAAAAGGAAAAAACAGAAAAAUUGUCUCUCUGCGAGCAGCAGGAAAAAUACGAAGCUAUUAUCCACAAGCUUAAGGAAGAGAAAGAAGUGUUAGUGUCUAACCAAGAACAAGACAGGCAGUUGCUCAUUGAGAAACUCACUUGUGAAAAAGAGACUGCAGUACAAACUGCUUGCAAAGAGUUUGAAUUACAGAGGGAAGCUGCUGAAAAAGGGCUUUUGGAAAAAAUACAACAACUUGAGAUGCAAGUAAAUCGGAG